GUAAUCAGUCCUUCUGUGUCCUACAGGUUCAGGUGUCCUGGUCUAGGUGUGUUCCACUGUGCUUUGACUGGACUGGUGUUUGUUAUGGCUCAGGAGGCGGAGCUGCUGUACAACACUGUCCAAUGGGAUGAGAUCGUCCUCCAGUCAGCUGGCAAGAUGGCUGCAGGGCCGCUGUUUGAAAUCAAGUGUUCAGAGGAAGCUGCUGUCCGUCUGCUCCACCUCCCACACUGUGAAACAAAGGACGCUCCACUCCCUAAUGGCCUGUUGUCUGUUGCCCACAUCACUGAUGAUGGAAUGAGAAUCUUGGAGCCGCUGGAGAUUACACACACUCAUGUGGUUGUGAAGGUCCGUCACCUCUCUGCCUUCGGCCUGAUCUUGGAUUCCAUCAAAAGGCUUCUGAACAUCAGGCAGCCAACAAAGGGCCAAGUUCUGCUGUUCCUCCGACCUCCGGGCAGAAGACAUCGAGUACUCAAUGUAUUACUGCUGCACAGCAACGUCCCUCUAACUGAGGUUAAAAUGAACCAAAGCCAUAAUAAGUACAUCGAGGUCGCUGCCCACUGUCAUCUGAGGUUUGGCCAAAGUUACAGGGUCCACUGUGAACCUGAGGCCUUCCAAAUACAGCCUGAGUGUGAAGAAUUUCACUCAGAUUAUGGACCAAAUUACCAUCCAACAUUUGAAGUUUUCCUGACUACCAUCCCAGAGAACCUGACUUUGAUGAUCCAGGACCAAAAGAGACGAGAAGUGUGGAAACGUAUUGUGGAUCUGACAGGUUAUCUUCCAACUCUAAGAAGAGAAACUCCAUCGAGGAAUGUCCCAGCAGAGGGAGCCACAGCAACAACACUCUUAAACACUCUGGACGACCUCACCGAAGCAGAAUUUAAAAAAUUCAAGUGGCUCCUGAAAAACUCCUCAGACAUCCCACAAAGCACACUGGAGAACACAGACAGGCUGGAGAUUGUUGAUGUAAUGAUCGAGCGCUGGGGACUUCCUGAAGCUGUGGAGGUGACCAAGCAGGUGUUACAGGACACCAAGAGGAAUGAUCUGGUUCAGAGACUGCGAGACAGCAGCUCAGGAACACAAGGUUCAAGAAGGGAAAUUCCGCAGAGCACAGCGUCCCAGCAGAGUACAGCGUCCCAGCAGAGGACAGCGUCCCAGCAGAGUACAGCGUCCCAGCAGAGGACAGCGUCCCAGCAGAGUACAGUGUCCCAGCAGAGGACAACGUCCCAGCAGAGUACAGCGUCCCAGCAGAGUACAGCGCCCCAGCAGAGUACAGCGUCCCAGCAGAGUACAGCGUCCCAGCAGAGGACAACGUCCCAGCAGAGUACAGCGUCCCAGCAGAGGACAGCGUCCCAGCAGAGUACAGCGUCCCAGCAGAGGACAACGUCCCAGCAGAGGACAAUGUCCCAGCAGAGUACAGCGUCCCAGCAGAGUACAGCGUCCCAGCAGAGGACAACGUCCCAGCAGAGGACANGAAAUUAA